CAUUGUAACCUUGAACUUGACUCACGUAUUCACUGUUUGUGGGGAGUGUCUGCAAUCUUGUAUUAGUAACUAUUAAUUAUUAUAUCUUUUGUAUAACUUUUAUUAAUAAUUAUGGAUCCUUCGAUCUUCCCUGAAGAAAUUUGGGUAAAAAUCUUAUUAUAUUGUGAUGUACCUGAUAUUAUUGCUAUCGGUAAUACGUGCAAAUAUUUGAGGAAAGCUUCAGAUACUGAUUACUUGUGGAAAAUGAAGUGGCUACAAUUGAUUUCAAAAGUACAUUUUAGAUUUCCAGAUAUAAAGUGUUUACAAUUACUUAGUGUCAGCUUUAAAGCAAUGUGCUAUAGAUUAUAUAUGGUAAUUACAUUGGGAGAAAAUGUUCAUUUUCCAAAAUGUCGUCACUGUAGUGGUUAUACAUGUCAAAGAAAUUGCGUUGAAGGUUCUAGCGCAAAAGUAGUAAUUGAAAUUGGAAAUAAGUAUACAUGGGUUAUUGAGCCACACUUUGAAUUAAGAAGACAUUUUUCAAUGUUUGGUGUACCUAAAUAUAAUAAUGAAACAUAUUUGGAACAAACACAAAAUGUCCCAAGUAGUAGUACACGUCCAAAAUGUGAUGGCAAAUCACUAGCUAAAAAGUUAAAACUAUUGAAAUUAUCUGAAUUAGCAACUGCUAAAAUCCCUAGACCUAGUGGUCCAUUUUGUGUUUUUUGUAAUUCUGUGAAAUUAUAUAGAGAAAAAAAGAGAUUAAUUACUCAUCAAAAUGAUCCAACAUGUUAUGCAAGGCCAAAUCCAAUUUAUGAGAAACUUAUAAAUGGAUAUUGCACUGAUACUGUUGAAGUACUUGGAAUUCCAAAUGUUGAUCUUGUUAGUCCAGCAGAAGCAUUAUUAAGUGAUGGAACAUUUCCUAUUCUUAAAACAUUUGUUGGUCAUUUGUUUCAUCAAAUGAGAUUAACUUCAACAUUAAGGAAACCCAAUGCAGUGCUCAUGUUUUGUGAACCAUUAGCUAUGCAUCCAAUGCUAAGAAAACAAUUGUUGCAUUACUUGUUCCAAGAAGUCAAAGUAUCAAGAGUAUGUCUGGUUCCUAAACCUUUAGCAGCAUGUGCAAUGCUGGAUGUGGAAACUUGUGUCGUAGUUGAUAGUGGUGCUUUAAGUACAACAGUAGCUGUUGUAAUUGGUGGACGUGUUAUACCACAACGUUGGAGAUUAUUACCUGUUGGUGGUUGGCAUGUAGCUUACCAUCUAAAACAAGCUAUGCAUUGGUAUCUAAAAGGAUGUUAUCAUAUUCCUAUAUCAUAUCUGGAUACAUUACCUAUUAAAGAAAGGUGUAGACUAAGUUACAAUAUCAAAAAUGAAGAGAGAAGAGUAGGACAAAAAAAUGAAGAAUGUAUUAAAGUUAGAGUUCGAAGUUAUACUGAUAAUAAGCAAUUUCUGAGAGUUUCCUUGGGUUCGGAAUUAUAUAUUGCUCCCGAAAUGAUGUAUAUCGACCUUGGUUUACCACAAGUGAUAAAAGAUGUAACAUCUGGUUUAUCGGAAGAAAUACUGCAUGAUUGUCUCUCACACAUUUUGCUCACUGGAGGCAAUACACACCUUUCAGGUUUUGGGCUAAGAUUGACUAAAGAUUUACGAGAAUUAUUACCAGAGCACAGCAAGAUAUUAGAAGUAAGAAGUUGUCCUGGUACUCAUAGUUGGAAUGUUGCAAUGGGUUCCACAUACGUGCCUUUAGCUGUACAUCCUGACAAGACACCACCAGAAUAUAUUGAAGGUAAUCCAUUUUGGUUGUCAAGAGAAGAAUAUGUUUUAUUUGGGUGUGAAUCGUUAGAGCAGUAAAUCCGUAAUAAGUGAUUUUUUACAAUGUCAAUACCUCACUUAUUAUAUAAAUGCAAAUCUUUGCAUGUGUAAAACUGUUGAAAAAGUAAAGGAAAAACUAUCAUGAAGAAAAUCCUCUCAUGAAUUGCCUUUAAAUUAGAUGCAAAAUAUAAUCGUAGAUAAUUGGAGGAGCAUUCCAAGAUAAAGUGCUUGGACAAAAAUAGAUAUUGAUACUUCUGGGGCCCAUCUUACAAGGAAACGGAAGGUGUAAGCUCUACUAAUAUGUAUCCAAUGAAUACUGGGAUAGACACACGUUUCCGCACCUAUCUUGCAAUGUUAUGCCCAUUAAGCACUUUUUGUCACCACAUUAUCAUCGAUCUCUAUCAGUUUAGCAACAUUUUAAAUCCAUUCGAUAUCAUGUAUCAAAUCACAUCAUUUCCAAAUUCUUUUUUACGUUCUCUUGACAUUCUAAAACGUCACUAGUGAUUAAAUCCUCAACUGAUCUCAUAAUGUAGCUAAGAUUUUUUAAUUCAAAUCUUAGUAAGUUAAAUAAAAUUGUUUCUACAUCGUAAAACUUAAUCAAUAUCUGGAUUUUCUACUCUUAUUGAAUAGCACCUAAAUCCAGCAAUAUGGAUUCCGUCCAUCCUAAGUUUUCAACAAUGUAACGUUACAUUAUUGAUCGCUUUUAUAAGCUUUAGAGAAAUGAUCAGUAAAUGAGGUACUAAAUUGGAGAACAUUUAUUAUAUUGUAAUAUGUAUUCUACAUCCUUUAUUUUACAUUAAAUUUUAAUACUUUUAUUGCACAUCAGGUUUUCCUGGUAACUCAUUUCCAUUAGCAUUGAGAAUUAAUCAUUCCAUACUCAUGGCAAACUGCCAUUUAUGGUCCAUAUUCCCAAAAUUGUAUCUUCUCCUAUCCCUUAUAAGAUGAUUUUUAUGUAUAUAGCUCAAACAAUAAUUUCUUUUGUACAUACAUACAUACAUACAUAUAUACAUACAUACAUAUAUGUUUAAUUGCUUAAUGUACAGGUAAAUAAUUUUAGAAAGUAUUAUUUAAAAAUAAGUACUAUAAAUUUUUAAAAACUUGUUCAUGAUUUCCUAAAUUUAUAAUACAUCAUUCUUGCCAAAAUAAGAAAUAUCUAUUAAUAGCCAAAAAAACAAAAAAAAAAAAUAAUAAAAGAAUAAAUAGCAACAUUUCUAGUCACUUUGAAUAUAAUUAAACUAUUUAGACUUCUCUUCCAAGAUAGUAUAUACUAUUAAAGAAAAGAAUUUAUAAUGAGAUUUUAGAACCAUGAAUCUUUAAAUAUUAAUAUUAUGCAGUAUAAGAUUAUUGUUACCAUAAUUUUCUUCAAUUCUAGAUAUGAUUUUGUGAACAAUUUAAUAUGCAAUUGUUGUUUUUGAUAUGUACAUUAGAAAUUUUAUUAAUUGUUAAGCUGUAAGUAAAAACUUAUAUAAUAUUUAAGAAGUUAUACAACAGUUUAAUGCUAAUUUAAGCAAUAUUCUAAUAUAAUAGUACAUAAAUUAAUUUAAAAACAGAUACAUAUAUUAUAAAUAUCAUAGUAAACUAUGUUUUUGUUAUUGAAAAAGAAUCUAUGCAAGUUAUUACAUUAUUGAAACACAUUUUAAUUUAUGAUCUUAUGAUUAUUUCUAUAUAUAUAUAUAGGUGCUUAUAUAACAUAAGUCUACAUAAUGUACGCAUGUAUAUAAUUUAAUAAUUUUAAGCUAUAAAAUGAUAUGAAUAUUUAUAAUACAGUUUUUACAAAUUACAUAUAUUUAAGAUCUAAUUUAUGUUUUCUUAUCUUAGAAUGAUUUGAAUAAUUCGUAAUACUAUACAACGUAAUACAUUAUAACGUAAUACCAUAUAACGUAAUACCAAAUAGCGUAACGUAACAGUAUAACAUAGUAUAAUAUAACGUAAUUCUAUAUAGCGUAAUACUAUAAAACGUAAUACAGUAUAACGUAAUAUAAUAUGACGUAAUACAUUACAACGUAAUAUAAUAUAACGUAAUACAGUAUAACGUAAUAUAACAUAACGUAAUACAAUAUAACGUAAUACUAUAUAACGAAAUACUAUAUAACGUAAUAUAAUAUGCCGUAAUUCUAUAUAACGUAAUACUACAUAAAGUAAUACAUUAUAACGUAAUACUAUAUCACGUGAUACAUUAUAAUAUAAUAUAAUAUACCGUAAUACUAUAUAACGUAAUACUAUAUAACGUAAUAUAACAUAACGUAAUAGAUCAUAACGUAAUACUAUAUAACGAAAUACUACAUAAAGUAGUACUAUUCAAAGUAAUACAUUAUAACGUAAUACUACAUAACAUGAUACGAUAUAACGUAAUACUAUAUAGCGUAAUACUAUAUAACGUAAUACUAUAUAACGUAAUAUUGAGUUGGCAACUAAGUUAUUGCGGAUUUUGUCAUUACCACCUAAUUUAUAUAGUAUAUAUUAUAUAGUAUUAUAUAUAGUAUAUUAAAUUUAUUCGAAAAUAAUAGAAUAGUUUAUUGGACAUCGACCCGAACUCUACGUAGUUCAUGACGGUAUCUCGGCAGUCUGACGAGCGCAUGUUCCACGAUUGCAGAGUUUCUCGUUAAUCGGAGCUGUGUAAGAUAUUUUGUGUAUCUGGAAAUUUAACGCAAAGGUACGUUGAUCGCAAAUUGUGGUAAAUACAACGCGAAGGAUAAUUCUAAUUAUCUCAUAUCUAGUUAUAGCUUAUCGUAUCGGUUUGUUUCCCUUUGUAUAAAUUGCCCUGCGAGCAUGGAUAGACGAUGCAUCUGGAAAAAUGGACCGUGACGAAUAACAACGAAUAGCAAGAGGAUCAACAAGAGGAAGAAGGAAAAGAGCGUUUAAUCGCUGAUAAUGAGACAAUGUAUUAUCUCGUUGGUUGCGUGCGAGCAUGGGAGAAAAAUUGUGAAACGUGGGAAGGGCAGGAAGAAGUAGCUCGUAAAUGCGUGAAUAAGAUGUGUAAAAAGAAGCGUUUGCAAAUACGAAACGUUUUGCGUGAAGCAGGUAAUAAUAAGAGCGUAAAAAUAUAGGGUGAAAAGACGAGGUGUGCAAUAAAGAUGCGUAAAUAAAAUAAACGCGUUUCUAACUUGGGUGUAUGAAAGGUGGAACAGGGAAGGUAAUAGCGAUGUUGAUUUAGCAUGGGAAUUUGUCAAAACAUUGGUUUAUUUUGUUAGAAAAUUGUAAAAUAUGUAAAAAGAUCGUAGACGUUAGAUACGUAAAAGUUGAAAGAAGUAAGAAAAGAAGGAAAAGAGAGUAUAAAAUGAUAAUAGAUAAUACGUAAGGCAAUAUAAUUUUUUGGAUGGCAAGAGAAUGGAUUUGUUUGGAUUCUAGGAGACUAAAGAAUAAAUAAAGAUACAUUUAGGAGAUAUGUGUGCCUUGUUUAUUCGACUAUCGACCAUAAAUUGUGAAAGUAGGUUUUAAAAAGAUAAAUGUCAGAUAGAAUAGCUUUUAAAGGUUAAGAAUAUGGUUGCGUUAAGAAAGGUGUAAUUGUGAAAUGUAUGGGUAAUGGAAUAAAAUACCACUACGAAAGGUAGUAAUUGUAUCUAGAAAUAUAUUAAUAAGGAAUAACACGAUUGCAAUCUUGUAAUUAUACAGAUAAUAUAUGGAAAGUGAUUAACGUUAAAUAACUUCCAUUUAAAGGAAUGAAAGGUAUUAGAAAUAAAAUGGAACGGUAUUGUUUAAAUGUAGUAAUUAUAUAGAAUUAUAGGAAAUAUGGUGGUAAUUACACAUCCUCGGUGUAAGCUUGGGUGAGAAUUAUAACGCCUU